AUGUUGUCCGACGAGACAGAGACACUUGGCAACGAUGACUCUCCAUCUAGGGACGAGUCCAUUGAGACUUCAAACGAAUGGACAAUGAAGCCCGACGUGGUCAAAUUCCACGAAAGGGACCAGGCAUCUGGCUUUCCACGCCGGGAACUUGGUGUUACGUGGUCCGACUUGACUGUCAAAGCUAGAAGUGCGGAAUCAGCUAUUCACGAGAACGCCUUAUCACAAUUCAACAUUCCCAAAAUUAUACGGGAGUCACGAAGCGAGACGCCUCUCAAAACCAUCUUGGACAGCUCUCAUGGCUGCGUAAAGCCAGGGGAAAUGCUCCUUGUCCUUGGUCGCCCGGGAUCCGGAUGCACGACACUACUCAAUCUCCUCACCAAUAAAAGACGCGGCUACGAGCAAAUAUCUGGCGACGUGUUCUAUGGCUCCAUGAAGGCUGAAGAAGCAAAGAGAUAUCGUGGCCAAAUUGUCAUGAACACGGAAGAAGAAGUCUUCUUCCCCACGCUCACUGUUGGACAAACAAUGGACUUUGCAACUCGGCUCAAAACACCCUUCCAGUUACCCAAUGGGGUGAACAGCAAGGAAGAGUACCGUACGGAAACUAAAGACUUCUUGCUAAAGUCUAUGGGUAUUGAGCACACUUUUGACACCAAGGUCGGCGACGCCUUCGUCCGCGGUGUUUCCGGCGGUGAACGAAAGCGAGUCUCCAUCAUCGAGUGUUUGGCAUCCCAAGGAAGCGUGUUUUGCUGGGACAAUUCGACUAGGGGCCUUGAUGCCAGCACUGCAUUGGAGUAUUCCAAAGCCAUCCGUGCUUUGACUGAUGUGCUCGGUUUAGCGUCGAUUGUGACUCUCUAUCAAGCUGGCAAUGGCAUUUACAACCUCUUUGACAAGGUGUUGGUGUUAGACGAAGGCAAACAAAUUUACUACGGUCCAAUGAAAGAGGCACGCCCAUUCAUGGAGAACUUGGGCUUCAUCUGUGACGAUGGCGCCAAUGUUGCAGACUACUUGACGGGAGUUACCGUGCCCACAGAGCGCAAAAUUCGACAAGAAAUGCGUCACAAAUUUCCUCGAACCGCAGCGGAUAUUCGCAGCCAAUACGAACAGUCGCCCAUUUACAACAGUAUGAAGGCAGAGCACGAUUUUCCAACCACCGAAGAGGCCAAAGAAAAGACGGCGCAAUUCCAGCAGGCGGUUCAGCUAGCCAAGGAAAAGGGAUUGCCGAAAAACAGCCCCUUGACUGUUAGCUUUAUGCAGCAAGUAAAGGCUUGUGUGAUCCGACAGUAUCAAAUUCUCUGGGGAGAUAAAGCAACAUUCUUCAUCAAGCAAAUCUCAACUAUUGUGCAAGCUCUCAUCGCCGGUUCCCUAUUUUACAACGCUUCCCCAACGUCGGGAGGCUUAUUCGUCAAAUCGGGUGCUUGUUUCUUUGCCUUGCUCUUCAACAGUUUGCUUUCCAUGUCAGAAGUGACGGAUUCGUUCAGUGGUAGACCUGUGCUAUUGAAGCACAAAUCAUUCGCAUAUUUUCACCCUGCCGCAUUUUGCAUUGCGCAGAUUGCUGCAGAUAUACCAGUCAUUUUGGUGCAAGUCUCCGUCUUCAGCCUCAUUCUAUACUUUAUGGUUGGCUUGACAAUGGACGCGGGCAUUUUCUUUACCUUUUGGAUAAUCGUGGUCGCAACUACGUUUUGCAUGACAGCGUUAUUCAGAUCAAUCGGAUCUUCAUUCAGCACAUUCGAUGCAGCCUCCAAGGUUUCAGGCUUCAUGAUUAGUGCUUGUAUCAUGUACACUGGCUACAUGAUCCAAAAGCCACAGAUGCACCCUUGGUUCGUGUGGAUAUUUUGGAUCGAUCCCCUGGCCUACGCAUUCGACGCGCUUUUGUCCAAUGAAUUCCAUGGAAAAAGAAUUGACUGCAUCGCCAACAAUCUCAUACCCAGUGGUCCCAACUUCAAUAACCGAGACCAUCAAGCAUGUGCUGGCGUUGGUGGUGCGGUUCCCGGCCAGUCUUACGUUGAUGGCGACGCCUAUCUCGCCUCAUUGUCCUACAGCCAUGCUCAUCUGUGGCGAAACUUUGGCAUCGUCUGGGCGUGGUGGGCUCUUUUCGUCUUCAUCACAAUUGUGACCACAUCACGCUGGCGGUCUAGUUCCGAGGCCGGCCCUAGUCUUUUCAUCCCGAGAGACACUGCCCAGGCAUACAAAGCUGGUAAGCUGAAGAGAGAGAGAGACGAGGAGGGACAAAGCGAAGGCAAGGAUCAAGUCGUAUCCAGCUCAUCUUCCGGAAAUUUUAUGAGUGAGGAAGCCAGACCAGCAGCUGAGGAAUCAGCAAACGGAAAUCUCGUUCGCAACACAUCAAUAUUCACUUGGAAAAAACUCUCAUAUACCGUCAAGACACCCUCUGGCGAUCGACAACUCCUGGACAAUGUGCAAGGAUGGGUCAAACCUGGAAAUCUGACAGCACUUAUGGGAUCUUCGGGUGCUGGAAAAACGACUCUUUUGGACGUUUUGGCUCAAAGAAAGACGGAAGGGACUAUUCACGGAUCAAUCUUAGUCGACGGCAGGGCCCUUCCAGUUUCUUUCCAACGAUCGGCCGGGUAUUGCGAACAACUCGACGUUCACGAGUCGUAUGCAACAGUUCGCGAGGCUCUUGAGUUCUCCGCUCUUCUAAGACAAAGCCGUGACACCCCACGAGAGGAGAAACUGGCUUAUGUGGAUACGAUCAUUGACCUUCUGGAACUUCAUGACCUAGCCGAUACUCUCAUUGGGGAAGUUGGCGCAGGACUGAGCGUCGAGCAGCGGAAACGUGUCACGAUCGGCGUUGAACUAGUGGCCAAGCCAAGUAUUCUACUCUUCCUCGAUGAGCCUACUUCUGGUCUCGACGGACAAUCCGCGUACACCACUGUUCGGUUUUUGCGAAAACUCGCUGCAGCCGGCCAAGCUGUUCUGGUCACAAUUCAUCAGCCUUCUGCCCAACUGUUCGCCCAAUUUGACUCGCUCCUACUUCUUGCCAAGGGAGGCCAAACCGUGUACUUUGGAGACAUUGGAGAACAAGCUUGUGUCGUGAAAGACUACUUUGGCCGAGAAGGUGCCCCCUGUCCACCAGGCGUCAAUCCAGCUGAACAUAUGAUUGAUGUUGUUUCUGGUGUGCUUUCGCAGGGCAAAAAUUGGAGCGACGUCUGGCUAUCUUCGCCGGAGUACGAAAAGAUGACGGCCCAAUUGGACGAGAUCAUUGCACAGGCUGCCUCCUCUCCUCCUGGGACUGUUGAUGACGGACACGAGUUCGCGGUGCCCAUGUGGGAGCAGAUCAAGCUCGUAACACACCGAAUGAACGUUUCGUUGUACCGCAAUACUGACUAUGUGAACAACAAGUUUGCAUUGCAUAUUUUCUCCGCUCUCUUCAACGGAUUUUCUUUCUGGAUGAUUGGUGACUCAGUAGGUGACUUGCAGCUCAAGCUUUUCACCAUCUUCAACUUUAUUUUCGUCGCACCCGGUGUCUUGGCGCAGCUUCAGCCUCUUUUUAUUCACCGCCGUAAUAUUUUUGAGGCACGCGAAAAGAAAUCCAAGAUGUACUCCUGGGUUGCAUUCGUCACUGGUUUGAUUGUUUCGGAGAUUCCAUACCUCAUCAUCUGCGGAGUCUUGUACUUUGUUUGUUGGUAUUAUACCGUGGGCUUCCCAUCCAGUUCUGAACGGGCCGGCGCGACAUUCUUCGUCAUGUUGAUGUACGAGUUCCUGUACACAGGAAUGGGUCAGUUCAUUGCGGCGUACGCGCCAAACGAGGUUUUCGCAAGCCUGGUCAACCCUUUGCUUCUGGGAACACUGGUGUCGUUCUGUGGUGUUCUUGUGCCAUACUCGCAAAUUCAGCCAUUCUGGAGAUACUGGAUGUAUUAUCUCAACCCAUUCAAUUACUUGAUGGGGAGUAUGCUGGUGUUUGAUUUAUGGGGCAACAAGGUAACUUGCUCGUCAAGAGAGUUUGCCACGUUUGAUCCACCAAACGGAACGACCUGCGGAGAAUACCUAAAGGACUACCUGACGCAAGGACCGGGAAGCAUGGCGAACCUGAUCAAUCCGGACGCGACGGCGUCGUGCAAAGUAUGCUCAUAUACCGAGGCACAGGAUUAUCUUAGGACUCUUAACCUGCAAGAAUACUACUAUGGUUGGCGAGACGCGGGUAUUGUGGUCCUAAUGGUGUUUAGCUCAUACGCCCUGGUAUAUGGGCUGAUGAAGUUGAGGACGAAAACUUCAAAGAAGGCUGAGUAG